AUGGGCGGUCUCAAUCUCGAAGUUUUCAAGUUCGGCAUGUAUGUCAUGUUCCCCAUCGGCAUCAUGUACUACUUCGGAACGAACCUCGACAACCGCUUCGCCGUCCCCGAAUUCUGGCCCAAGGCGGAGCACUCGCACAAGAUCCCUUUCGACCGCGAGGAUAUCAAGGAGGAGUACAUCAGACUUGCCAAGAGGCAACGGCUGGUGGACGAGAUGAGGAGGGAGCGUGAGAGGGCGCAGGCUGCGCAGAACCCGCCUUCCAACGAGGAUCAGUAG